GAUCAGCAUUAGUUGUUCAGUCGCUUAGAAGUCGUUGACGAUUGAUGGCACUUAAUAAGAUCGUUAAAGCGUUGGGCGACGAACCUUAAAGGAAUACGUGAAAGUACGAAAGUUCUAUGUGCACUGAGAACGCUAAUAUGUGCCUGAUUAAUUAGCAUAGAAAUAAUAUUAAACGUCAACCCGUUCCUUCAUUUUAUGCAGCGAUUAUGAAUGAAACCUUUGAUUUAGUUUUUGUAAAUCAAAGUUAUCAGGCUCAAACACCGGAUGCCGUAAGCGUUUCGCAAGGAGAUUUGGUUGAACUCGUAAAUACGAUAAAAAGCCUCAACGAGACAAAAUGCUUCAUAAGAGUCACUGAUGGAUUAAAUGCGCGGGAAGGCUUGGUCCCGAUGGAAAUAUUAGAAGUUAAUUCAUCGUCGUUUAGUUCAAGUAAAAACGAAAAUGGCAAAACCACGGAAGCAGACAUUGAUUUCAAGAAGAGGACCAUUAUUGGGGAACUCUUGGAAACGGAGGAGGAGUUUUCAAGAGACUUACAAUAUGUAAUUGAUAAGUAUAUAAAGGCUAUUGAUAAGCCGACUACGCCACGAUCGAUUCGCGACAACAAAGACAUUAUCUUCUCUAAUGUUAUACAAAUUGCCGAAUUUCACAUGGUUUUAAAGGAGGGCCUUGAAUGCUAUAGAAAUCAGCCCAAUAUGAUAGCUAAAACAUUCUUAAGACUGGAAAGAGAUUUUGACAAACAUGUGAAAUAUUGCCGUAACGAGUUACUCGCACAAGAGUUCCUAGCGACCAAUGUAGAAACCCAAAAUUUUUUCCGGGAACUUUCGGCAAAGCUGGGCGACGACAAAUCGCUAUCCGAGCACUUGAAGCUUCCACUUCAGAGAAUCAACGACUAUAAGCUUCUGUUUAAGGACCUAAUUAAACUAUCUCAAUGCUUCAAAGAUAAUGUUAGGGACUUGGAGAGAGCUUUAGAACUAAUGCUUAGCGUGCCAAGUAGAGCCUAUGAUAAUAUAUAUAUAUCGAGUAUUGAGGGCUAUAGAGGUAACAUACAGAAGUUGGGCAGGUUGUUGCUGCAUGAGCCUUGCUUGGUUACAGAGAAGGAUGGUAAAACCCAUGAACGAUAUUGCUUCCUGUUCAAGUCUAGAAUUUUAAUAACAAAAGUUCGCAAAAUCUCUGAUAAGAAAUCGAUAUUUAUUUUGCAAAAUAUCAUUAAGCUUCCGCUGUGCAAUAUUGAGGAUCAAAUUGAAGAGAAGCGCUUAUUUCUCUCAAGCAAAUCUCCAGACGAAUCGAACAAUUUGCAUCUGUUCAUUAAGCCCCACAACGAGGAGGGUCAUCGGGUUUGGUAUAAUGAAAUCCAGUCCUAUAUCAAUCACGUCGUGACUCUGCAAGAGCACGCUGCAGACGAUCUGAAAGUAGAUUCGGCAAAUAUUGCCAGCGAGAAUGAACUAAUACUUCGUCUGCCCCACAAGGUCGAGGCGUAUCAGCCCAAUUUAGAUAUACGUCCCUCGGACGUGGCCGAAAACUACUUCUUGAGCAAGGAAACCAAGGAACGCCUGCUCUUCGAGGAGCAGCAGCUGAAGAAAAUCGAACAGGAAGCUUACGAGCUAUUCAAGGCCCAGCAGAAUAUACAAAAUAGUGCACAGCAAAAUAUCAUACAGCAAAAUAUCGUACAGCAAAAUAUCGAAAUAAGUACAGCAAAAGAGAUUCGAACUGAGCAAAAGGUGGCCAGCCAAAGCUAUUCGAAAACCGAAUCCAAUAAGAGCGAAGUUAAACUAACAACAUCCACUCUAGAUAAACAAGAGUCUGUGGCGCCUGCAGUGCUGCUUGAGUCUAGCGCAUUUAAAAGAUCGGCGAUUGAGUCUAAAGAUUCUCCUGAAAAUAGGAAAGAAGAAAAAGAAAAGUCUAAAGUAGAAGUUCAGGAGAAUGUUGCCCAGACAUUAGUAGAGCAAAAGCUUGACUCUAGCAUAGAAUCAAACAAGCCUGAUAAAGUUGUAGAACAACAUCCAAUUAAAAUUAAAGAAACUAGUGAAAUAGAGAAAUCUCAAAAGCUUGAAACUAGAGACGAUAUCAGAGAGAUAAAGAAAUCUCAAAAGCUUGAAACUAGAGAAGAGAUUAGAGAGAUAGAGAGAUCUCAAAAGCUUGAAACUAGAGACGAGAUUAGAGAGAUAGAGAAAUCUCAAAAGAUUGAAACUAGAGAUGUUAUUAGUGAGAUAGAGAAAUCUCAUCAACAAGAAACUCUAACCGAGGAAACGAGUAGGUACAAGGACUAUGAUAGGGGCACCUCCUACGAUAGUACUGUAGAGAACAAGCACUAUGGCAUUAGCUCUAGACGUGAGCGAACAACUUUAGAUAGAACUGAAGGACACUCACACCUAUUGUCAGCUAGUCGUGCCGAGAGUCGUGCGGAGAGUCGUGCCGAAAGCCGCGCCGAGAGCCGUGCCGAGAGUCGAGCCGAAAGCCGUGCGUCCUACUUGCAAAGCUCAACGUAUAAACGUUCGGACGAUUUGCCACCGCGCUCGAUUGAGAAGCCCGUCAUAAACAAAAUGCUGAAGAGCGUCCACGUCGAGAGUGGUGAGACUGCGCAUUUUGAGAUCCAGUUCAACGAGCAGCCAGGCUCUGUUACGUGGCUCAAGGAUAACAAGGCCUUGGAUGAUCGUCUAGCGGAUCGCAUUGUACAAACAAGCGCUCCAAUGAAUUCAUAUCGUUUGGAUAUUAAAAAUUGCAGUGAGAAUGACGCUGGAACAUAUACUGUUCGCGCGCAGACUGCAGCCGAAACAACAACUGUUACCGCUCAGCUGGCUGUGGGACAAGUUGGUGGUCAUGACGAAACGAAGACCAAUAUUGCGCCCGCAUUCUUAGUUAGUUUGAAGGAUACUGAAAUGAUUGAGAAUACUCUGUUUCGGUUUAUGGUCAAAAUCUUGGGCGAUCCAAAGCCCAGAGUUAAGUUCUAUAAGAACGAUAAGGAAAUUCUUGAAACGGAUGACAGAAUUCAAAUCAUACGUGAAAAGGAUUACCUGGGCUUCUAUGAGUUAGUCAUUGCCGAAGUGCAGCCGGAAGAUGCUGGAGUCUAUAGCUGCAAAGCAGUUAACAAGUUUGGCGAAGCCAGCUGCGAGGCAAAAGCAACUACUGUGGACUUUAAGAAUCCCUUUGGUGCUCUGAGUGGUCAGAUUUUGCAGAGUGGAGAAAAGUCGAUAUUUUCCUGGAAGCGAAACGGAGAACCUUUCGAUCCCGAAGAACGCUUCAAAGUGCUCUUUGGCGAGGAUGAGGAUUCGCUAGCUUUGGUAUUCCAGCACGUCAAGCCCGAAGAUGCUGGCUUAUACACGUGUGUGGCCCAGACAUCAACGGGAAAUAUCUCGUGCAGCGCCGAGCUGUCCGUUCAGGGCGCUAUUCAGACCCUGAACAGGGAACCGGAGAAACCAACCUUGGUUAUUGAGCAUCGCGAGGCGAACACCAGCAUUGGCGCCACGGCCAUACUGGAGCUGCAGUGCAAGGGCUUCCCCAAGCCAGCUGUACUUUGGAAGCAUGAAGGUGAAGUCGUCCAAGUCGACGACAGACACAAGUUCAUGUUUGAAGACGAGGAGAGUAUGUCUCUGGUUAUAAAGAGCAUAAACACUGAAGAUGCUGGCGAAUAUACCAUCGAAGCGGUGAAUGAGCUUGGACAGGAUACAAGCUCCAUUAAUUUGACUGUUAAGGCUCCACCAAAAGUAAAGAAAAUCGAGAAUAUUGUUUGUACAGCUGGCGAAACAGUGCGCAUGGAGAUCGAAGUUGAGGGAUUCCCGCAGCCGGAUAUAAAUGUCACCAACAAUGGCAAGGAUAUAUCGGGUGAAAGUAAUGUGAAGAUUACAACAAAGUCCGUUGGCAAAGGCUCCAUCAAGAUUACUGUGGAGAUUUCGGAUAUAAAGCUAUCGCAGGCUGGCAACUAUUCGAUCAGAGCCACAAACGAUCUGAGCCAGACGUCCGAGUAUUGGAAUUGUACCGUGAAGUCGAAGCCAAUUAUUGUGAAACACCUUGAGGAGGAAUAUAUUCACGGCGAAAAGGAAACCGUACAGAUGUCCGUGCGCGUUGAUGCAUUCCCGGAGCCAAAGCUGAUUUGGUAUCACGAUCAAACUGAGAUCAAGACCAGCGAGAAAAAAUACAAGGUCGAGUCGGACGGCAAUACGUAUACCCUGAAAAUCACUGGUGCCACUCGCGUGGAUGCUGGCAAAUAUACGGCCAAGGCGGUCAAUGAGCACGGAUCGGCCACGAGCGAAACUCAGCUGCUGAUGAAGUGCACCCCAGAGCUGACCAAGAAAUUGCAGAACAUCACCGUCAAGGAAGGUGAAACGAAUGUAGAGCUAGCCGUGGGCAUCGAUGCCUAUCCAGUGCCCAGCAUCAAGUGGUUCAUUGAUGGCAUCGAAAUCGAUGAGAAGCGAAAUGAAUUCCUUAAGACAACGGAAGGAAAUGUUCAUAAGCUGGUCAUGAAGGAGGUCGCUGUCAACAUGCAGGGAAAUUACUGCUGCAAGAUCAUGAACGACUACGGCCAGAUCGAGGACAACUGCUCGGUGACGGUCAACUGCAAACCCAAAAUAAGAAGAGCUCUCAAGGAUGUUGAGGUCAAGGAAGGCAACUCGUUAACUCUAGAAGUUGAGAUCUAUAGCAAUCCGGAUGCCACUAUCAAAUGGUUCAAGAAUGGACACGAAAUUCAUGAGGAUGCAAGAAUUAAGAUCACCAGAGAUACGCAACGCAUCGAAAAUUACUAUUUAACCUUGAAUCUUGCCAAAGUUGAAGAUGCGGGCACGUACGAGGUGAAGGCAGCCAAUUUCAUCGGCGAAACAACCUCAAGUUGCAAAGUUCAAGUUUUGACCAAAGACUGUUUAUCCGUGGAAGAAACCGUGACAAAAACAAUGCUCGCUACAACAGAGCAAGCUGAGGAAGGGGCUGUGCCUGAGAUCGUACACAUCGAUGUCUUCCAAAUACACAGCUUCGAAAGUGUUCCCCUCAAAUAUGAAGUUAUUGCUAAGGGCAUACCGAAGCCCGAGGCGAUUUGGUAUCACGAUGACAAACCCAUCGCAGCUGACAAACAUUUCGCUAUAUCAAAUGAUGGGGAACAUUAUAAGCUAGAAGUUAAGUCCCUGGAGCUAGCGGAUGCCGGCGAAUACAAGGUUGUUAUAAAGAAUAAAGUCGGUGAGAAGAGCCAUAAGGGAGUACUCUCGCUCUCAGGUGUUGCUGAGUAUAGAAAACCUAUAUUGAUCGCAGCCAGCGGCUUGCGCGAUAUCAAAUUGAAGAAGGGAGAAACCGUUAAUGAGGUUGUCGUAUUCACGGCCGAUCCAUUGCCGGAGAUCAUUUUGCUGAAGGAUGGCGUACCAGUUAGUGGAGACAAGAAGAAUAUAUUGAAGACUGAAACAAAAGAAUUGGAGAACGGCUUGAUACAAUAUACGUGCACCCUAAACAUCAAGGAUGCCGACAUCAAAGACUCUGGCCGCUACGAGCUCAAGGCAAAGAACAAGUAUGGCGAGAUGGCCACAAGCGGCUAUAUCGAUGUGCUAUCCAAGCCUGAAAUUACCGGUUUGGUGAAUCACAAAUGCCUGCCCGGACAGUCGGUGUGCUUUGAGGCUAUCGUGCUCGCCAAUCCGAAGCCAAAGGUGUCCUGGACCCGGGGCAAUGAGAACCUGUGCAACAAUGAGAGCUGUGAGGUUAUCGCCGAUGUUGAUGCCGAUAAGUACAGAAUCGUGUUCCAAUCGGUGACGCCAAAAGAUGAUGGCAAAUACGCCAUAGCUGCUAUCAAUUCAGAAGGCAGAGCUGAUGCAGAGUUCAAUUUGAAUGUGCUAGUUGAAAAGCCCGCCUUUAUAGUGCCCCCAGAGGCCCAGGCCAUUCACGACUUCCACCCGGUCACCACAAAGGUUGUCGUACACGGCGUACCAGCACCGGCUCUACAAUGGCUCAAGGAUGGCAAGCCAAUUGAUCUUGAAGCUGUCGAUAAGCAAACACAGCAGAAGGUCUAUCUGGUCAAAUCCUCAAACCCUACAACAGAUCAGGUCGAGGGCAUACUCGAAAUACCCAAAUUCAAGGAAAAUGUCGCUGGAACGUACACCUGCGUGGCCAAAAACGAAAUUGGUGAGACUAAAGUUCCAUUUGAAUUGACUAUGCAAGCGCUGGCUCCGAGCUUUACCAAAAAACUGAACAGUGCAUUGGAUGCGCAACAGGGUGAGCCUCUCGUCCUGGAAUGUGCUGUGGAUGGCAGUCCUUUGCCCACAAUCCAAUGGCUCAAGGAUAGCGACGAAAUCACACCAAAUCCAAGAGUUAAAAUGACGACCACGCCCGAGGGCUUAGUCAAAUUGGAAAUCAACAACUGUGAACCGAAUGACUCAGGUGCCUACAAAUUGGUUAUUUCCAAUCCGCAUGGACAGAAGGUAGCCUUAUGUGCUGUCGCAGUAAAGCCCAAAGAAAUGCAGCCCAAGUUCCUAAAGCCUUUCGAGAAUCAAUCAGUCACUGUUGGACAACCCCUGAAAUUGAGCGCUGAAGUGACAGGUUUUCCUGCUCCCGAAAUCAAGUGGUACAAGGAUGGUCUACUCCUGCGGCCUAGCUCAAAUAUUGAUUUCAUCAACAAUCCCAACGGACAAAUUGGCUUGAUUGUUGAUACAGUGGAGCCUGAAGACGCUGGUAUUUACAAGUGUGUUAUUGUCAACAAGGAGGGCGAGGCAGAAAAUGCCGUGAAAGUUGAAGUAAUCCCUAGAGAAGCGAAGCCCACAUUUGUUGCCGAGCUGCAAGAUGCCUCGAGUGUUGAAGGAUUCCCAGUGAAGAUGGACAUUAAGGUUCUAGGUUUUCCAAAGCCGAAACUCCAGUGGUUCCAUAAUGGUCAUGAGAUCUUGCCCGAUAAUAAGCAUGUUGCCAUUCUGGAAAAUCCGGACAACACUUUCAGCCUUAUUAUAGACAAGACUCUGCCAACGGACUCGGGAUUGUACGAAAUUGUAGCACAAAAUUCGGAGGGCUCAACUGCCUCGAAGGCUAAGCUCUAUGUAGCACCGAAAAUUGAUGAAACUGUUGCAGAGGAAGCGCCCCAAUUCGUCUCUGGACUACGCGAUGUCAAUGCAGAUGAAGGCAAAGAACUGGUGCUAUCUGCGCCAUUCAUUGCCAACCCGAUGCCUGAGAUCAUGUGGUCCAAGGAUGGCGUUCCACUGGCACCCAGCGAACGUUUGCUGAUGACCUGUGAUGGAAAGCACGCGGGUCUAACCAUAAGCCCCGUGGAAACCUCCGACUCCGGCACCUACAGCUGCCUGCUGGCCAAUCCCUUGGGCGAGGACUCGUCUCAGUGCAAUGCGAACGUCAGGAAAGUCUACAAGGCGCCAAUAUUCACGCAAAAGAUAUCGGAUCAGCAGCAAGCUUUUGGAAACAAUGCCAAGAUUCCAGUUACGGUCUCUGGCGUUCCAUAUCCAGAGCUCACGUGGUUCUUCGAUAAUAAGCCCAUAGAGGAGUCAAGCAAAUACUCGAUCAAAAAUGAUGGCGAUCAUCAUAUGCUGAUUGUGAAUGAUUGUCAAGCCUCUGAUAAGGGCGAAUACAAGUGUAUUGCCUCGAAUAGGGAGGGCAAAGACAUUACACAGGGUCGUCUGGAAGUCGUUAAUGAAGUCAAAAAGCAUAUGCGUUCCGAGCCCCCAGUAUUUCUCAAGAAAAUUGGCGAUUGCGAUGUCUACGAUGGCAUGUCGGCGAAGUUUACGGCUUGUGCAACAGGCUAUCCAGAGCCGGAGGUGGAAUGGUUCAAGAACGAUCAAAGACUAUUCCCAUCUGAUAGAAUUGAUAUUGAAAAGGAAUCGAAUGGUCUUCUGCGCUUAUCCAUCAAAAAUGUCAACGAAUUUGAUGUGGGACGCUAUUCCUGUCGCAUCUACAAUCCCUAUGGAGAUGAUAUCUGUCAUGCCGAGUUAUUUUAUGAUGUUAUUGACUCUCAUCAACGUCCAUUGGGCGAGCAGUAUAGCGACUUCAAGCAAUACAAGAAAACCGGUGCUCCACCACCGUUGCCCGAAGGUCCUAUUAUAUCCCGUAUGACCGAUAGACGUCUGCUUUUGUCCUGGAAACCGUCGGUGCCAUUGACGCCGAGAUAUCCAGUUACAUAUCAGGUGGAAAGACUAGACUUACCAGAUGGCGACUGGCAUACCUUGAGAACUGGUAUUCGAGGCUGCAGCUAUGAUAUUAGAAACUUGGACCCACUUAGAGAUUACAAGUUCAGAAUUCGCGUAGAGAACAAAUUUGGCGUCAGCGAUCCAAGUCCAUACACUCAGACAUUUAGGCAAAAUCUUAUACCGGAGCCUAAGAAGACUUACACUUAUCUGCCACCUGGCACUGACUUUAGACCGGAUACUUCACCCUAUUUUCCAAAGGACUUUGAUAUUGAACGUCCACCUCACGAUGGUUUGGCUCAGGCUCCUCAAUUUUUACUGCGUGAGAAUGAGGUCUCGUAUGGCGUCAAGGGACACAACACAGAGCUUAUGUGGUUCGUUUAUGGUUAUCCGAAACCAAAGAUGACCUACUACUUUAACGAUAGUCUAAUUGAACCCGGCGGAAGAUUCGAUUACAGCUACACACGUAAUGGACAGGCUACGCUAUUUAUAAAUAACAUGUUAGAUCGCGAUGUUGGAUGGUAUGAAGCAGUGGCGACCAAUGAGCAUGGCAAGGCUAGGCAACGAGUUCGUCUGGAAAUCGCCGAAUAUCCACGAUUCACGAAGCGUCCCAAUGAAACGUUCAUCAUGUCGCGCAAGAAUGGACGCAUUGAGGCCAGGAUAACUGGAAUUCCGCUACCGGAAGUACAUUGGUAUAAGGAUUGGAAGCUUAUAACUGAAACAUCACGCAUUAAGAUUCACUCAUAUGAUCCCGAUGUCUACAUUCUUGCCAUACACGACUCCAUAAUAAAGGAUGGAGGUCUCUACUCGGUGAGCGCACGAAAUAUUGCCGGAUCCAUUAGCACCUCAGUCACUGUGCAUAUUGAGGAAAAUGAGGAUCAAUAUAUCUACAAGACCUAUGGCAGGCAUCCAUAUGUACGCUCGAAGCAAUUGCGAUAUGAGGACAAAUACGAUAUUGGCGAUGAGUUAGGUCGCGGCACUCAGGGCAUCACAUAUCACGCGGUGGAGCGCGCCACUGGCGACAAUUAUGCGGCAAAGAUCAUGCACGGACGACCAGAACUGCGGCCCUUCAUGUUGAAUGAACUGGAUAUGAUGAACAUGUUCAAUCACAGGAACCUGAUACGCCCCUACGAUGCGUAUGAGAAUGAUCGCGGCGUAACGCUCAUACUCGAGCUGGCAGCCGGAGGCGAACUUGUCAGGGACAAUUUGCUUACGAGGAACUACUACACCGAGCGAGACAUUGCCAAUUAUAUACGCCAGACUUUGUAUGGCUUGGAGCAUAUGCACGAUUUGGGCGUAGGCCAUAUGGGCUUAACGAUCAAAGACCUGCUGAUUUCUGUCGUAGGCAGCGAUUUCAUCAAGGUAUCUGACUUUGGUCUUUCGCGCAAAAUAAAUAAGCACAAUUUAUCCACACUGGAUUAUGGAAUGCCAGAGUUUGUCUCUCCGGAAGUCGUUAACAAGGAAGGCGUCAGCUUCUCCCACGACAUGUGGACAGUUGGCUUGAUCACAUAUAUUCUGCUCGGUGGCAGAAAUCCCUUCAUGGGCGCCGACGAUAGAGAAACCUUGACCAAAAUUCGUGAGGGUCGCUGGGACUUUUCCGAUUCCAUUUGGACCCAUAUCUCUGAGGAUGGUCGCGACUUUAUAAGCCGACUGCUGCUGUACAGCCCCGAGGAGCGUAUGGAUAUUAAGACCGCAUUGAAGCAUCCGUGGUUCUUUAUGCUCGAUAGAAAAGCAUCCGAUGAAGAUUAUCAAAUUGGUACGGAUCGCUUGAGGCACUAUUAUGAUCACUUCAGGGAUUGGUAUGCAAAUGCCUCCUGCAAGAACUACUUCCGUCGUCGUCGCCUCAGUGGCUGCUUCCAGCAUCCCUCGAAAAUGGUGUAUCCUCCUGGACACUCGUACACACCUGAAAAUACGCCCGAGCCCUUCAUCGAACCAAGAACCAGAACUAAGGAAGUUGUCUCCAAAUUCUUGCAUCCCGACUAUGAGCUGGGUCUCAUCUCAUCUGAGAGCCACUAUCAAUAUGGACCCGAUACCUAUUUACUGCAGCUAAGAGAUGUCAGCUUCCCAGUGAGGCUACGCGAGUACAUGAAGGUCGCCCACAGGCGUUCUCCAUCAUUUGCUAUUAACGAUUCGGUUGAUUGGUCGCUGCCCGUGAUCCGCGAAAGACGUCGCUUCACUGAUAUAAUGGAUGAGGAAAUCGAUGAUGAGCGCACCAGGAGCCGUAUUAGCAUGUAUUCCGCUAAUGAUUCGUACUCCAUUCGACGCCUGCGAACUGAGCUGGGACCUCGUUUGAAUGAGUAUACCGAGGCAGAUGCGUUGAUCGAGACUCAGCGCGAGGGCUAUCCACCCUUCUUCCGAGAGAAGCCACAAACAAUUGCGAUUACAGAAAAUCGGCCAGCGCAUAUUCACUGCUUUGCGGUGGGCGAUCCGAAGCCGUGCGUGCAGUGGUUCAAGAACGAUAUGGUCAUCACUGAGAGCAAACGUAUCAAGAUCACUUUCGAUGAGGAUGGCCGUUCGAUACUGCGCUUCGAGCCAGCCAGUCACUUCGAUGUUGGCAUCUAUAAGGCUGUCGCCAGGAAUAAGGUUGGCCAGACUGUGGCCAGAUGUCGCAUAGUAAUUGCAACGCUGCCCGAUGCACCCGACUCGCCUGAGGUUUCGGCAACGAGUGCCACAGAAAUUCUGCUGAGAUGGAAGCAGCCACGCGACGAUGGACACUCGCCCGUCAUGUGCUAUAGUCUGCAAUACAAAACGCAAAACUCUGAUGCCUGGACCACUGUGGCCGAUAACAUUGAUCACGAAUUUUAUCUGUUGCACGAACUGCAGCCCAACACGAAUUAUCAAAUUCGACUUGCGUCGAAGAAUCGCAUCGGCUGGAGUGACAUGGGAAUUCCCGUGAAUGCAACAACUGCUGGCACGGAUGCACCCAAGGUCCACAUUACGAAGGCCAUGAAGCACUUGCAAAUGCUGACGGAGAAGGGUCAAGAGGUGGUGCUCGAGGAGGAGCGCGUGCACAUGGACUACCAUUGCGAGCGCGAGCCACCCAACUGGGUGACCGAUGUGUCCGUCAGUGAUAAGUACAGCUUCAUUUCGGAGAUUGCACGCGGAGAGUUCAGCACAAUUGUGAAGGGAAUCCAGAAAUCCACAGAUACAGUUAUUGUGGCAAAGAUCUUUGAAGUCACCGACGAGAAUGAGGAGGCAGUGGUCGCUGAAUUUGAUAACUUCAAGACCCUAAGGCACGAGCGCAUACCCGCCCUGUUUGGCGCCUACAAGCCAAUGAAUGUCCCGAUCGCAAUAUUUGUGAUGGAAAAACUUCAGGGCGCCGACGUGUUGACCUAUUUCUCGAGCCGCCAUGAGUACUCCGAGCAAAUGGUGGCAUGCGUUAUCACUCAGCUCCUGGAUGCCCUGCAAUACUUGCACUGGCGCGGAUAUUGCCACCUAAACAUACAACCCGACAAUGUUGUCAUGGCCUCAGUUAGAUCAAUUCAAGUGAAGCUCGUGGACUUUGGCUCAGCAAAGAAGGUGAACAAGUUGGGCAUGAAGAUAGCGCCGACUGGCAUGCUGGACUUCCAGCCACCAGAAAUGAUCAACGACGAACCAGUCUUCCCCCAGAGCGACAUUUGGUCGAUGGGCGUACUAGUCUACAUGCUUCUAUCCGGCACUAGUCCAUUCCGUGGCGCCGACGACUACGAGACUCAACAAAACAUUUCCUUCGUGCGCUAUCGUUUUGAGAAUCUCUUCAAGGAAGUUACUCCGGAAGCAACUAGAUUCAUUAUGCAACUCUUUAAGCGACAUCCCACGAAACGACCAUACACAGAUGACUGUCUGGAGCACAGAUGGCUGAUGUCUUCCGAUUAUAUGGUUAGAAAGCGUGAGCGCGCCGUAUUCUUAGGCUGUCGACUGAAGACCAUUUCCGAUGAAUACCAUGAAUAUAAGAACAAAGCUGCUUCAACCUCCAAAGCCUUCUAUGCGGUUGAAGGCGCACCCACACCAUCUCAACUACUUCGGUCGAACAGCAUUCAAGAGGAAUUGCUCACAACGUUUUAGAUAAA